GACUUCUUCGGGCAAUAUGGGGAUUAAUUCUUUUCAUGAUUUUAAGCACUCAAGAUGUAAUUAAAUUGAAUUAGUGGAAUGCACACGCGGGAGGCACAUGGGGCUGUACAUGGAAUAACUAGAAUGGAGCGGUGUUCAUGUUUUCUGUUUCUUCGACUCAGUGUGUUACUGGCUCUUGAAGUCUGUUAUAAACUCGUGUGAUAUUGAAACUGUCGGAAGCAAUCCAAUCAACCAUGAACCGCACACUGUGACUAUGAUUGAAGAAAAAGAACCUGUCCAAAAGAGCAAACUGUUCUGUAACACCGCUGGGUUACAAAGCGGGCCUAUGAUUGAUUAGCUGGCGGAGACGAGAUUGAGUAGCACCCGGUAAGAAUGCGCGCGUUUGGAAGGAACACACGAUUCUGACACGGCCUUGGGGAGUAAACACAAGUGGAUAAAGCAGAGAGAUUAGACAACCAGGUCUAUAAAACAAAUCUCCUUUGAUUGUUGAGAUUGUUUGUCGUAAUAUCAUCAACUUCGAGUACUAGACAUCGAACAACAAUUCCAUUGCCGUCAUUUCCGUUUAUUGAAUUUACACUCAAAAGACGUCAAGUUCAGGGAGAAGAGUUUGAGCACAUGCAAAUGGUCUGAUUAGCAAAGCAAUGGAACCAAAGUAUUUUGUAUCACUGACGAAUUUUAUUAUUUUAGUUAUGGUGAUUCCUAAUUCCUAUCAUCAAGGUUCUUCGACAGUGAUAGCGUCGUUCCCUUUGACAAACUCUUGUUACGACAACUACGGAAGGCCUCAAAGAUGUUUACCAGAAUUUCACAACUUGGCGUACGGGAAAGACAUCAAUGCAAGCCAGACUUGUGGCAAGCCUCCACGAAAAUUUUGCAAAUGGGAACUCCGCGGAUAUACAUGCGAUGUGUGUGACUCUAGAUUUCCAAGCAAGACGCAUUCUGUCAAAUAUCUCACUGAUCUGCACAACCAAAAUAAUGUGACUUGCUGGCUGGCGGAUCCUAAGCAAUCCCGACAGAACGUGUCACUUACACUCUCUCUUGGUAAAACCUACGACAUCACCUAUAUUAGCCUACAGUUCUGCGGCCCGAGGCCGGACUCUAUGGCCAUCUACAAAUCGGUGGAUUUCGGCAAGAGAUGGCAACCGUAUCAAUUUUAUUCUAGCUCAUGCAGUAGGAUGUAUGGAAGGCCUAGCAAAUCUUUAGCCAGCACAGAAAAUGAGCAAGAAUCAUUGUGUACCGAUGUACAUCUUAGACAGCCUCUUCAAGGGAGCCGCAUAGCGUUCAGCACCCUGGAGGGACGGCCCUCUGCUAAUAAUUUUGAAUCAAGCCAUAUUCUUCAAGAGUGGGUGAGCGCGACCAACAUCAGAAUUGUCUUCGACCGCACUAGCGCGUCCAAAAGGAAACAAGAUUAUUAUUAUUACGCCGUGUCCGACUUUGCGGUUGGUGGACGAUGCCGCUGUAACGGACAUGCCGCUCGGUGCCCAAUCGGCCGUGACGGGAAACCAGUUUGCGAUUGCAAGCACCACACGACUGGUAGCAACUGCGAGCAAUGUAAAGCAUUUUUCAACGACCGACCGUGGAGGUCUGCGACCGAGUCCUCUGCAAACGAAUGUGUAGCUUGCAACUGUAACUUACACGCCAAAGCUUGUGUGUUUAACAUGGAAUUGUUCAAGUUGUCUGGUGGCCACAGUGGCGGGGUGUGCAUACACUGCAGACACAACACGGCUGGAAGGUUCUGCCAUUACUGCAAAGAGGGAUAUUACAAGGACUCUUCAAAGGAUAUCACAGACAGAAGAGUCUGUAGACCAUGUACCUGCCACCCGCGAGGAUCGAUGGGAAAAGUUUGCGAUCAGAACACGGGUCAGUGUCCGUGCAAAGAAGGAGUGACUGGAAGAGAGUGCGAUAAAUGUGCAGCGGGUUACGAGACCACAAAGAGCGCCAUAGCACCUUGCAUCAAGCCACCCCACCCAGUGAUGUCUAUACAACCCGAUGAGUCAUCAUGCUUCCAUUGCAAGAGAGGCGGUCUUUCAGGAAGGAAGUUCUGUCGGAAAGAUUUUGCCAUGAAAGUCGCUGUUCUUGGAAUGGACAGAACAUUGCAAGGAGAAUGGGUCCGAGUGACCGUCAACGUUAUGACACGUUACAAGCGUUCAUUGGUCCGUUUGAAAUUAGGGAAUGAAUUCCUUUGGAUUCCAAGACGAGACCACAAAUGCAAAUGUCCCAAGCUCCGUCCCGGCCGGCAUUACUUAAUAGCAGGCUCAAUCAAAUCCUCCCGUCAGAGAAGGAAAAUCAUUGUAGACAACCGCAGCAUGGUGGUCACGUGGAAUAAGAACAUGGAGAGAAGAGUGGAAAAAAUAAGGAAGAGGUGUCAAAAACAAACACGGCUUUGAACAUCACUGCCAUGAAAGCAAGAAUUCGAAAAUGUAACGAGAAACCAAGGAACCCGGGAUGGAGAGGACAAAUUAAGAAGAGGUGUCAGAACGAAACACGAUUUUGAACAAAGUCGCGAUGCAGCAAAUCUCGCAAAUUUUAGUUGACGCGAGAAAAACUGGUGUGGUAGAAGGAACUGUUGGUUUGUUUAGUAUGAGGCACUCGCCAAUAAAGCAAGGGUAUGAACAGCGGGGAAAGAAAGGACAAUUCCAAUGGUAUCUCGGUAGAAUUAAGUUCCUUUUCUACAGGGAUGUCUUCAAGUAGCUGACGUUUCCCUAGUGAUCAGUAAACUUUGCGACAAAUCUUACGUUAGAGGCUCUCAAACAAAGAAUAUUGCAAAAUUGCCUCCGCUCAUAUCAUAUCAUCUAAAUACCGAAAAACACACCCCGCUAAACAAUGUGUCAAUCUACGAGGCCUUCGUUGUUUUCAAAGAUCUUUUGUAUUUUUUCAAAUAUUCUUCCCUUAAAAAAGCUCCAAGAUUCCCGAGAAAUAACAGCGCACUGUAUAAUAUUCAUAUUCUAUGAUUGCCCAUCGAGAUUAUAUUAAAUAAUAGUUAAUAAUAUGUAACGCCAAAUCGUUGUGAAAUUUAUCGGGAAAUUAACCUGAAAUUCAAAUAAUAUACGUUUAAUUGUUCCUAAUCGUUGACGUCAAUCAUUUUUUGAGUUUGUUCCCUUUGCUCAAUUCAGAAGCAAUUACGUAUCAACAGAAAAAAAGCACAUCGUUUUAAGAACUCAGUUCACACUGUCGAGCACGAAUAUAGCCUAGAUUAUCAGUCGCUGGUCCCGGCUGGGGAAGUUUUACAAAAACCGCCAUAGUUUCUAAAAGGACAAGCCUUUAGGAGUCUGAGUGCGUGGAAGGCUGUCUACAAGAGUACCUCUCACUCCCUACAACUUUCGCGCGUAACCACCAUCUUUAAUAGGGUUGCAUGAACAACUUGAUUUCCAUGACUGAAGAAGCUAACUUUUCUCGAUGUGCUAGGUUUCUUCAAGCGGCCACAAGAUCUCGCCAUAAUUUCAGCUUCACAGCCGGUUAUCGAACGUUCUUAACCUAUCCCGCCUCACACUCCCAUUUAUAACUCAACGCAAAAGCAGCAUAAAUCAAGUAGUUUUCAUUCGUGUAACCUUUCUGGAGAGCCUGUUAUAAGUUAAGAAUCUACCAUUAAACUGUACAGGAAUGUUGCGGAAGAGUGCAAAGGUCCAUUACAUAUUUUCAUUUUUUAAUCAAAAUAGCACUUGCUUUUUAUAACCUGUUUAUAAAAUUUGUUUCCGCUUUCAAGCACUUUUCUAAAUACAUUGAAUAUCACGGAAAACUUUACUCGUGAAGCAAAAUCUCCAACUGUAUUCGGUUUCACGUAAUGUUUCACGUUUUCUAGUAUAGCAUCGGUUACCGAUCACUCCGCCGACACGUCAACUAGCCGACAAUCAACUCUCCGACACCAUUAGUAAACUCGCCGACAGCUUUGGUGGACUCGCCGGCACUAUCGUGAGUACCAUCAUCUUCGCAGCAGGCAGUUUGAAGAAGUGACCAUGGAUGUGGCGAAGUGACCGGUAUGUCGGCGAGGUGACCAUAGACGUCUGUGGGCGAGUUGAUCAAAGGUUUCGUCAAGUAGUCGGUAAGUUGACAUGCUGGCGAAGUGAAGCAUUCUAAUCUGUUGGUCUCCUUAGUCGGCUCUUUCGCAAGUUCCCUACGCUAACAACUUACUUAAGUUCUGGAUAUUUCAUUAUUAAGUCUGUGAAAUGGCACUUUCAUAUUAAUUUACAAUUUUUUU